AUGACGCACAAGCUGCGGCGACUGGAGCGCAUCAUCGACAGGAUGGCGGAUGCCCUCGACUUGCAGGACCUUUGCGCUCUUGCCGACGAGGAGGCAGACUUGCCCCUCCCGCGGACGCCAUUCCAUCACCAGGCACUGCAAGGCGAACCUCACCCGCAUGAUUCGGCGGAUCGCGAGCAUCUAUGGGAAGUCACCGUGGACCCGCACUGCGAGCCGGCCUCCAUUCCGGCGUCCUGCAUCUCGGAAGUGCGCAGUCCUGGGUCAGCAGGACCGCCGGCUGCGGCGACGCCCACCCUGGUUUCCAAGGGCGUGCUCUCCCAAGAAGAAGCCGAGAUACUGUUUGGCGUGUACCGCGAUCGCCUCGAUCAUCUUCUCUACCGUAUCCUCGGCGAUCACACGGACCUCGCGUCCGUGGUGGCCAGCUCGUCGCUGCUGACGGCGGCGGUUUGCACAGUCGCAGCGCUCCACUCGGUUGAACUGGGACAUUUGUACGAGAGGUGCUAUCGUGAGCUGCGCCACCUCGUAUCCGCGCACAUGCUGUCGAGGCAGCACAGCGUGGACGACGUCCGCGGACUCUGCAUUGGCGCCUUUUGGCUCAACGGACCCUCGUGGGCGCUCGUUGGCGCGGCCGUGAGAAUCGCGUCGGAGAUUGAGCUGCACCAUGCCAUAUACAAGGCGCUGGAGGGCGAUCGGACGGCAUACAUGCGAACUCGGUUGUACUACCUCGUGUACGUCUGCGACCAUCACAGCUCCGUCCUGUAUGGCCGCCCGCCCAUGUCGCACGAAUGCGAGAGCAUCAAGGCCGCGAUGGAGUUUCUUGACACCGAGCACGCAACCGAAGACGACGUCCGGCUUGUGACGCAGGUCAAGAUCUGGUCCAUCUCCGGGCAGGUGUUUGACUACUUUGGCGUCGACGUCAGCAAGCCGCUCGCACCCGCACAGCUGCCACAGCUACGACGCUUCUCCAUCUCUUUGGACACCUGGUACGCGGACUGGAGCGAUAGAUUCGGGCCCAACGCCAACGUGGGAAACUAUCCAGCCAAGGGCGUCGGACUGCACUUUCACUUUGCGAAGCUCUACCUGUGCUCUCACGCAUUCCGCGGCGUCCACAACGUGCAGACCGGCGAGCCACGCAGGCUGUCGCCGGAGCUGGAAGAAGUCGCCAACACCGCCGUCCUCUGCGCCUCCUCCAUCCUCGGCGUCAUGACGGCGGACGCCGAAAUGCAGUCAUUUCUCAAUGGCCUGCCUCUGUGCUUCGACAUGAUGAUUGCGUUUUCGGUGGUAUUUCUUCUCAAAGUGGCAACAAAGUACCCCGACACCGUUUGGAUGGACAAAAGCAAGGUGUUUGACCUGGUCACCCAGACCGUGCGGAUGCUCCAAAGCGUUUCGAGCAAUAUGCAUGACAAGCAUCUCCUGGUGUCUAUAGCCAAGGGUCUGGACAAGCUGGUGCACAAGCUCCAAGAUCCUACAACACCCAACGAGCUACACGUACAUGGAGCUACGGCCCAAGACCCCGUACCGCAUCCGACUGCCAUUGUCGGUCAUCCUCCAAUGCAGGACGACAUGGAGUGGGUGCAAAGCAUCAGUAGUUUCGACUUCUUCAACUUGCAGACUCCACUGCCCGAGCUCGACAGCUGGCCGCUUGACCUUGAAUUUGAUGAGCACGGACACCAAAUAGUCAGAAGUGGAUAA